CGUCCCAUCAUAUAACUUUAUCGUGUUCUCUGUACAGUUGAUUUUCCGCAUUGGAUUGAAAUGCAUGCGUUGCUUGUCAAGGUAAGAACCGAAUUAAUGCAUUUCUUUUUCAUGUGAAAUCUAAGCAUACUGUGUCUUCUUAUUGUGUGCAAGGAUCAUAUCAGGCUCCCUGAGGCUAAACUUCAACAUACUUCGCCACUUACAUGUACUUGCGUUGCAUACUUGAACAACGUAAAAGUGCCUGUUGUCUUGUGCUUCUUUCUUUAAUUAAAGCGCUUUGACAAGUAGUGGGGUAUGAAGCAACGAUCUAGUGGUCAAAGAAGGGAAAUUUUGUAACUCCUUGAUUCAAUAAUCAAUUACAUGAUGGUUUGGUUACUCGUGCAAGAGUUGACAAUCGUCGGUAAGAGAUGGGGUGGCCGGGAGGCGAUGGCAUGGUUUAAGGCGCACGAGUAUAUGAAGGACGUUCUAUUCUCUAUCGCUACAUUCAGCCGAAUAGAAAAUAUUUUUGUUUUAAUGAUAAAUGGAGGGAGCGGCCAGCAAUCGAGUUAAUUACACCAGUGAUAGUUACAGCAAAAACAAGGAAUAUAUGCAUGCUUAAAAUACAGAUACAGAGGACUAAGAAAGGCUAGAUCAAGGAAACAUCAUAAGUGCUAACAAAAUAUGCUGAACAAAAAAUUAACAAACUAAAACGGAGUCAGACCAUUUUAACAAAGCAAUGCUAAAAUACAAGAACAAAUUAAACGUAGGUAAAACCUAAAAAACUCAUACAUAAGAAAACGAAAAAAGCAGCCUCCAGUAAACUGGUUGGCAUCAAGUGGUGUGAAAUUCACAAGGAGUGGUUUAUAAAGGAUCUGAUCAUGAUGGUCCCAAUGGGUACUGAACUAAACGAUGUAAUCAACAACUAAAAGAAAUACAUUGUGUGGGAGGAAGGAACAGCCCACCCACGUUUGAUAUAUUAAAAUUCUAAUGUGACUCUAAGGCUUUCUGGUCUGUUUUCUGUAUUUGGUUUGGUUUUCUUUGUGCUCAUGUCUCUUCUGCGAAUUGCGAUACAAUAGAGUGGUGAAAAAUUUGGGAUUUUGACACCAAAGCCUUGAAGUCUCUAGCCUGUAGCACAGAUGAAAAGUCCGUCUGCAAAACAGCGCUGAAAUCCUCAUUCUAGGCUUCCACCUCUGUACCAGGAUUCGAGUACGAGCUAUGAUUGGUCUGUUAUAAAUGCCAUCGUCGAUUUGCUAAUCAAGAUGAAAGGAAAUUCUAAAUGCUCUUUUGGUAAUUUGUUGAGUUCAUUGGGGGCCAGCAUGAACACGUCGGUGCUGUUUCGCAGACAUUACUAAUAGAGGUUAAAUUAGGUCUGUGACACAGGCUGCUUUAAGUCAUGUUAGAAUUUUGGUAUAUUGAACAUGGACUACUUGCAAAUCUGAGGUCAAAUCUGUCACGUAACAUCCAAUCAAAAUUUUUAAGUUCCUUUAGGGAAAAUCACACACGUAAUUUAAUGUAUGACUUAUUGAUUUAGACUUGAUGAAACAAUUUUGAGCUGCACGUUUAUCAACUUAAUUCUUAUGUUUGGAUUAUUUGAUCUAAAAAAUGUAAGGUAAAAUUCCAUAUGUGUAAAGCCCAAAGCCUGCCAAAACACUAGGGUUUCCCUGUAGUACUUUCUGUAAAAUUCAGUCUGACUCCUGAUCUGCAAUCAAAAACUUCCUUGAAAAUUAAAUUCACAGGCAUAUGUAUGGAUGGUUAAUGCUCCUACUGAAGUUAGAUUUUACACUUGCAGCUAGUAUUUAACUAUUUUUCUUGUGGUCAUGCAACUGUGUUACUUAUUAUUAUUUAUAGUUGCUUUGGAGUUUGUUUUUUUUUGCUUAAUUUUUUAAAAUUUAAUUUAAUUUGCCAGUUUGUGUGAAGUCAUUUCAACUUGCUGUCAUGCAAGCAACAAAGCGAAGGAGAGAUGAGGCUGAAGACUCAGAUGAAGAAGGUAAUUUCCGUGGUUAGAAAAUAAGCCCUCCCAGCCUAUACGUGAAGCUAAAAGUGAAAAUUUAAUCAUUCACUGUAGGAAUAUGUAAGAUUAUUGCAACCUUGGUCAUAAUUUCUGGGACGUUGGACACUAGUGAAAACAUUCAUCUGGCUGAAUACCCUUGCGAAAUAACUUUUGGAAUUCCGAGGAAUUCCUAGGAAUCGUAGGUGUGAAUUUUCACGGUAAAUUCGGACUUGGAAUUCCUAGGAAUUCCCAGUUUAAAAAGUUCUGGUUCUAAAUUCCUAGAAAUUCCCGGAAAUUCCAAAUGGAAAUGAGACUAGACUUGGAAUUCCUAGGAAUUCCAACCUACAAGAUUUUAAAGUACAAAAAAUUCUUAGAAAUUCCUAGUAAUUAGAAUUUCUAGGAAUUCUAGGAGUUUACAGGGUUAACAUCAUGUCAUCAAUCAACAUCCAAUGCCAGGAUAGUAAAGUAUACGCAAAUUUAAUGAUUAAUUACCAACUGGAGAAAGCAUGGAAAUUGCAUUUAAACAAGUUUAUGAUAAUAAUGUUCAAAAUCACAUCUUAUGGUACAUGUUUUGUUUUUUAAAAAAUUGAAUAAAACAAUAUUGAAGUCCUGAGAUAUAAAUUGUUCUUGAGUCAUUAUUGAAAAAUUGUGGGACCCAUUUGUAACUGGAAUAAUACAGCAAAAGAGUCUUGAUUGAAUUAAUUUUACAGCGGGAACAUAUAUGUAAAAAAAGAAAAAGUCAGGCCAACUUGCUUCCAGCAAGCUUAUCUGCUAAGCCCUAAUAUUAUCUUAUUAAGCCGCUCUUUUAAUUCAAGUCUCAAACUGAGAACAAAAUAAUGAACUGGAAACUAAAAUACUUGUAGUACAUGGCGUUUAAACAUACUUGUUCAUGACUACAGUAGAACCCCGGCGGUGAACUCGAACUCUAAAGGGAAACGAAAAAUAUUUCGAUUUUAAGUGGGGAAUUCGAGUUAUCGGGGUGAAUUUCAGUGAAAUCUUGAUCAAGAGAAAGCAAAUUUAGUUCGACUUAGCGGGGAAUUCGAGUUAUCCGAGUUCGAGUUAUUGAGGUUCUACUGUAUUAAAUCCGCCAGAAUCUGAUCGAGUAUUAGCUUAUUCACGUAGAAUUCCAUCAACCAUUUGCAACAACGACUACAGUUAUGUCUCCAGUAAACAAAAAGGAACCAAUAAAUGGUUUUCCAUGCCAUCUUGAAGUUUCGUGUUCAUAUAUCGGAACGAUCUAUAAUUUCACUUUGAUCCCCAGCUUCAUUAUUUGAGUAUGUGGUUACCAUCAGAAGACACAUUACGAAGCAGGAACGUACCUUUACCUUUCACAAUCCAGCUGACUUAUCGUUCUCGGACAUGACUGGAAGCACGUUUCAUGUGUCAACAACAAAAUAAAUGAACAAUCUGCGUUUAAAAUAACGUCAAUUUCGGAUGCAAAAUACUUGUGCUCUUGCUAAUGAAAGUCCGCGGGAAUUUGAACUCACCAAACAGAACUUCAUUUCACACUUUUCCAUUGGUUUAAAAGGCGCACGUGAUGACGCAAUUCACUUAGUGUGGAGACUGGUAACCAGUAUAGCUCAAACAAUUAUUGGCGGAUGAUUUUGCUCGAUGAUGAGCAAGUUGAAAAAAGCGGUCUUUUUCAGAGCUAAAUAAAAUAUUCCAACGCUUUUGAGGUAUAAGCAGCGAGAGGAAAAUUUCGUAUUGUUUUUUCAAGAAGCGAUGACCUUUUAUUAGGCAAAGCCGCGAUGAAAAACGUGUUGUGGACAUGUUUGGAACGCUCAGGUACAAGAAGUGGCACUUUGAAUAAGCUUUCAGUAUCGUGCUUAUUGUUGAUAAUUUUUUUUUAAAGAUUUAAGUCGCAAUAAAUGGUGUAUAUAGAUGCUGGUUAAUGUCAAGAAAUCCUUGUUGUUAUAGGCAAUUAACCAACUGCCUCACUUAAGUGGAAGGUGGGUGCCUGGGGUACCCAGGGGCUUCCACUGUGGCCAGCCAGCCCCUAGAUAGAAAAACUGCCCCCAUGGCUGGCAAAUCCCCGCAACCCAGCCAUGAGCCCCCAUUCCAGGCACCCGUCACACUGAUCAAACAGUGGAAGGAAGAAAAAUAGGGAUGGGAGGGGGGGAAGACGCUAAAUGAACCGCUCCACAGACCACUGCACAAACGCUCGAUGAACAACUCGCAGAUCCUAGCUGUGUACAAAGCUACCACAAACCAUGUGAGCCUGCACUUAUGGGAUUGACCGCUGGAUGCCCGCUACGCUCGUGGGCCGCUUGACCGCUAAGCUUGUAGACCGCUUGACCGCUAAGCUUGUGGACUGCUAGACCGCUUAACUUGUGGACUGCUAAACUUGUGGGCCGCUUAACUGCUAAGCUUGUGAACCGCUUGACCGCUAUGCUUGUGAACUGCUUGACCACUACGCUUGUGAACCGCUUGACCGCUAAGUUCAUGGUGGUUAACUUAGUUAAAUUACAUUUAACCAAAUUUAAAGAAAUGAUCAUUAAAAUUUUUUACGCUUUUUAUUACCUUUGAACACUUAUCGUUUUUCCUGAAAAUUAAGCCAUUCAGUUUCCAAGUUAACAAUGACUUGGAAUUAUUGAGAAUUCUUAGGAAUUCCCACAAAUUCUCAUUGGUGUUUUAGCAAUUCCCAAUAAUUCCCAUAAGUUCCAAAGACAGUUUCCUUCAAACUUGGAAUUAUUGGGAAUUCCUGGGAAUUCCCAAAAAUUCCCACUGGUGUUUUAACCCAUUCCCAAGUAUUCCCAAAUAUUCCAAGGUUUUUUAUCUUUGCUCAUUUGCAUGUCUUGGAAUAAAUUGGAAUUCCUAGGAAUUCCCAGAACUCUGGGAAUUCAUUUCGCAAGAGUAAAUCCAUCUCUCCUCACAAAGUUUGGAAGAGCCCACUCAUUUUUAAGCAAGUGAGUGAUUAGUCCUUUAAAAAAAAAAUUUACAUGUGGACCAACCUUAAGAGAACCUUUUGUUAGGGGCUAUUUACAUGAAGGCAGAAAGAUUUUAGAACCAGACAGAUCUGAGAAGGGUGAGCAACUUAUCAUUUGGUUAAUACAUGCAAGGUUGUGGUCAAAUUAACUGUUAACUCAGCCUUUCAACAGAGACUCUCUUUGGCUAAAUCUGGCUGGGUUUGUUUUUCUCAUUUUACUGCAAGGCUGGAAAACGUAAAGCCCAUCUUCCUCCAAGAAGCUGGGACUAUUGUAAUUUCUGUGCAAGAUUAAGCAUGCAUUUGUCGUAGCAAAAUUACCUUAUAACCAUAAUAAAGAUGAAAUGUUUUGAAUUUAUGUGAGUUUCUGACAUUUUAUUUGAAUGUUUACGUUAUAGUAAUAACGACAGAUUCAUGUUUGCAUUUCCCACAAAUGAUUAAAAAAUAUUCAUUACUAUUGGAACUCAAUUAAUUUACACAUAAAGCAAUUACGAAUGGAUAGAAAUAGCAAAGAAAUUAAUAUGGCCAAACUCAAUUCAAGAAUUUUUGUAGAAGUUUAACUCUGCUUGUGGCUGCCAAAGCAACCUUACGUGCCACAGUGCACAUGCAAUUUAGCAGUCACUACCUUGAAGAAUGAUUUUGUUCUGCAAGCACAUUGUUGUUUAUGUAUCAUUAUUCACUCCGUUGUCACUUGUUGCGAUGUUCCGUUACAUACGUUUUCCACAGAUAAGGCACAGCAAACAUAUUGGCAAUAGAAAACAAGGUACACUGAGUGAUACAAACUAUUAAAUAAUUUAAAUAUUCUCUUUGGAAAGUAAUUGUCCUCAUAGCACAUGAGGUUAAACAUUUAUGCUUCGCACCAUAGGUACCCGUCAUUACCAUUUUCUUCCUACAGACUAUUCAUUGCCAGUAAGCUCAUGUCCUCCGAGAGGACAAUUUUUUCUCUCUUGCAAUAGGAUCCAAAAACGUAUUAAUAUCCAUGACCACUACACCCCUACCAAACAAUGGAAAAUGUGAUUAUAAGUACGCAUUUUUUUUCCGUGUGUUCUUUUUUUCUCAGGCUGGAAUGUUUUUCCGUCUUUACAAAAUUUACGAUGUGAUGCAGAACAGCUUAGCAAGAAAACCAACCUACCAUCUGAUCUGAGAACGAUUGCUGCCAACAAAGGAUUCUUUGUUUCUGAUAACCAAGCAUCCGGGAACUGUUUAUUCCAUGCAUUAUCAGAACAAUUACCAAGUGUCAGAGGAAUUCAAAUCUCACACAAAGAGCUAAGAAAAACCUUGGUUCAGUUCCUCGAUGAGAACCCUAAUCUGGUAAGUUGAUGACUAGCCUAACUAACGGGCCUUCCAUGUCUGUUUGGCGGAUUCCUCCCAUAUGAUAAUCAUUUAAUAAUAAUAAUAUUAAAUUAAUCAAUAAUAAUCAUAAUCAAUUAUAAUCAUUUCCCUUAACUCAGUUUGACGAUUCUUUGGUAAACUAUAUUGGAUAAAAACAAGGAUUGAACAUAACAAAAGUUAAUGAACUGUAGUAUUAUGGGAUCAAGACUAGGCACUCUCGAUCUUCUUUGAAAUCACCCACCUCUUCGUAUUUAGUCUGAAAUACUUAAGCUUUGAAAGUGAAACUUGGAGGGUAAUAACAACCACUUGUCACUUGUCUUGGUGACAUCACACAAAUUAUACAUCAUGACUUGAAAUAGUCGCCUUCUGUUGCCAUCUAAGGUUACAGGUGGCCUUGACAGUUAACAGUAUCAUUUCCCUCCUAAAACCACUUCCAAAAUUUGGAGAGAAUCAAAAUAAUUCAUUUACAGGGCUGCCUCAAGGCGGGCCCAGUUUAUAAAAUACCUUUCAUUUUCUUCCCAGGGGGUAUUUCUGGGAAGUUGUAGUGGGGGUGUGCUGUCCAAUUCUCCAAAUCUUGGCACUAUUUCGGAGCAAUAGUUAUAAGGGAAUACCCCCAGGGAUUUUCGAUGUCGAAAAAUGUAGACUAUCAAUUAUUAACUUAGUAAUAGCAAAGCCACAUCCUCGGAGACCCAGGGGCAGCUAGUCGGGACAAUAGAAUGUCUGUGGUGAAAGUUUACUAUAAGAUCGAGAAGAGCCCUGGGCACUUACUCUUACCGAACCAGUUCCAGAAGCAUUUGAACUGCCUGCCUCUGAUUGGCAAGAAAAAAAAUUUCUGGCCAAUCAGCGAAGAGGAGCAGCCGGGUGGCUGUAGUGUUUUCUUACAUGACGUAGUUUUCCUCAUCAAUCACCAUAGUUGGGUACGGUGCUCAAAGGGGAAAGUUUAUUGAGGAAAGCUUCACAACAAAAAUAUUAUGUUUAAGAAGCUGGAAAAAUUGCAAGCUUUAGUACGGCUACGAGAAACAACAAUCUCCGAUGAAUUUUUAAGGUGGAUCUGUCAAAGGUAUGAUAAAUUUUUCUUGCUGAUAUGCGAUGCACGACUUUCACUUUCCACACCUUUGCAGACAUUGCCUAGUACACAACUCCAAGCUUACAUUUUAGAUCUCCAUGUUUGUUAAGUUUGCAUGACUUCUGAAACUUUUCCGGCUUUGUUAACAGUUUUUUUCUGGAAGGAAGAAGGAAACGCUUGUCAGCAAACCCCAGGAUUUUGAAAAACUGCAUUCUCCCACGAAUGCAUCUUCUGAUUGGUGCAGUGCUCUUAGUCUUGAUUAAAUAGCAAUCAAUACAUCAAUCAAACCAUGUACGUUAAAGCAACGAAGAGAGAUGAAAGUGCCACCGAAACUGUCACAGACUUAGAGGCGCUUGAAUUUUAAUUUCCUUUGUUAGUUUUAAGAACGAGAAUUGAGAAACGUACUGCUUAGUAAUGUUAUACUCUCAUGCCAUAUUCUGGGGGGCAGAGGGAUUGAGGGAGGGGUGCUAAUCCGUUCCUGCUUAGAGUGGCUAACUUGCUUAUUUUUAUUGUUAAUGGUCUAUAUGGCCGCAACACUGAAAAAAUGGUACUCAUUUUUCUUGUUACAAAAGUCUACCAAAAGGGUACAGUGUUCAAAUGAGUUUAUGUUUCACUUGCACAUGAGAUUCUAUGUCAGGCAAUGGUCAGUGACAAGGUUUUAUGGUAGCCUGAGUGUGUGCAACCACCCCCUCCCCUUAGAAAAGGUCACUCCUUGGCAGCCCAGUUAAAAUCCCCUUUUUGGCGAUUCUUGUUUUAUUUGAAAUUCGCCUCCCAGCAAACCCUUGUGCCUUCAAGAAAUUAGCAAUUAAUGAAUGAGGCUGAUUAGGAUAUGAAGAAUUAAGCAGAUCGAGGAGGGUGUUAUCGGCUGAGGUGGAUAACACCAUCCAUUCAAAAUAAUUCUUAGUUUCAAAAAAAUAGCUAAAAUAUGCUUACCUGCAUCAAUGUUAAGUUCAUCUUCGAUAGUGUACGUUUAGGUUUGUCCUAGCCCUGCAAAUAUUCUCCAAAUAGCAGAUGUCGCCCUCCAAGUUGUCUUCUUGUUGUUUUUGCCAUGUUUUUAGCUAUUAUUUCGCCUAGUUCCAGCUGUAGACUUUCUUACUCUUGAAAUGAGUGAAAUGUCCGCCCUUUUUUUUUUCACAACCAAAACAACUCAACCAGUGGUCCCCAGGUCUUCUCAGUUAACAGUGCAUUAACCUGCAGUGGGCUGCAUUUUUGAUGUCAUUUCCUCGUUAAGCACAAAAUUCUUCCAAAUUUGGUCAUCAUUAACUGGUUAUGGUGAAAUAUGCGUGUGCUUUUAGCCAAUCAGAAUUGGGAAAAUAUUUUGAAUGAAUAAUAAGUGGUUUUAAAGGCUACCCUAGCCAACCACUCACUUUUAAAUAAACUUUAAAUAAUCUUUCUAGCAGAUUAAAAUCACUCCACGUCUAUGGAGCCUAGUAGAAAAAAAUGAAAUUCACUUGCUUCAUUGUUUUUGUUUUUUAGCACGAAGGAACAUCUCUGUUUAACUUUGUCUCUGGAUACCCAUCUUGGCGUGAAUACUUACAAAGCAUGGCGAAAGACGGUACUUGGGGCGAUCAUGUGGUUUUGUUUGCUGCAGCAAAUCACUUUCAAACUUCCAUCCGUAUUAUCAGCAGUCUCGACCGUGAGAUAGUUGUCCAGCCAGAUUAUGCUCCUGCCAAUACCACCCCCCUUGUGUUGGGACACAUUCACGAGUUACACUAUGUCAGCCUUCAGCCCAGACAAGGUAAAACAUUCUUUCCAAUCACAAACAUCCUUUUUUUCUUUUUUUGGACUUGUGGAAUUAUGUUUGUGGAAUUUAUAUACAUAUACAGUAGCAGAGGACAUUGCAAGAUAAUGAUGAUACUAUAAAUGUCUCUAUGAGAAUAAAGUUUACUUUUUUUCUAAACAAUAAGUUUUCCCUGCUGAAUCUGAAUAUACUAGUUGUAUAAUUAUAAGAUGUUAUUCCAUUGGAUAUUGUAAACUCCUACUAAUUUACCUCUACUGUAAUAAAAAAUUGCAGAGAUACAAGAGAACUCUUGCACUAGCCUGAUUCCUUUAUGGUCUGGAGGUCACUCGCUCAAACGCCAUUAUGUUCCCGACUAUUGUACAAUGAAUAAUUAGAACAUUAGUGUUGUUAUUUCUGAAUAAUUUAUAUAACUGAUCACUGUGAAGAAUAACAGUAGUUUAAAUUUUGUGUAAAUAAAUAGAGUGGUGAUGCAAUUUUGACCCAAACGUCUUGAAGUCUAGCCUGCGCCACAGACAAAACUAAACUCUGGUUAAGUCCAUCUGCGAAACAGCGCUGAAUUCCUUGUUCCUGACCCCCAGCUGUGUACGUACCAGGAUUUGAGUACGAGCCAUGAUUGGCUUGUUAAAAAUGCCAUUGUUGAUUUGCCAAAUAAGAUGAAAGGAAUUUCGAAAACAUUCCUCCGGUAAUUCAUUGAGUCCCUUGGGAGCCAGAGUAAGGAUAUUGGUGCUGCUUCACAGAUAUUACUAACUGAAGUUAAAUUAGGUUUGUGAUGCAGGCUGCUUGAAGUCAUUUUAGUAUAUUGAACAUGCAUGGGCUUUUCACAAAUCUGAGCUCAAAUCUGUGGCAUAACAUGAUUAUUAAGCUCGAUUACCAGCCGCUGUUCGGGAAAAUGAGCCCACACUCACCCAGUCCAAGAAUCGUCGUGAAAUCCAAAAAAAAUAUUUUGGAAAUCGAGAAAAAAGUUUUUUCACAUGCUACUUGUGCCAGCAGUCAGCCAGCAUCAUUCCAACGUUUUCCUGCCAUUUCCCACAUCCAAGCUGGCGAAAGAAAGAGGUUAGAAAUAUCAAGUACGAUGUUCUGUCAUAAAUGUGAAAGAGAAUUUGGCAACAAUGAAACAUUCUGAAAACUUUUUUUUCGAUUUCCAAAAUAUUUUGUUUGGAUUUCACGAUGAUUCUUGGACUGUAAACUGUUUUAGAGUUUUAUAAAAAGUUAUUAGCGGAUCCAAUAAGUUUCUUAAGAUUUGCAAUGUUUUUUUAGAUUUGCCAGACUCUUCAAUAAUGAUUUGUACAAAAAUUGCGAUUUGAAAUAAUUUUUAUGGAUUUGCAAAAUAAUUUUGGAUUAUUGAGAAAGUUAUUUGUGGAUCCACUAAUUUUCAUAGGAUUUGGAAUAGUUUUUUAGAUUUGUCAAACUUUUCGAUAAUGAUUUUGGGAUUUGCAAAAUAUUUUUGGAUUGUCCCUUUUCGGCUUCGGUAUUUUUUCUUAUGGUUGUGACAAAUGUACUACUGAUCAUAAUUACUUUGCUUCCAGUUUGUGUGAAGUCAAAUCAGCCUACUGUCAUGCAAGCAAUAAAGAGAAAGAGAGAUGUGGCUGAAGACUCAGAUGAAGAAGGUAAUGUUUGUUGUUAGAAAAUAAGUUCACUUAUAUAGUUGUGAGUGGAAAUGUGAUCUCUGUACGUAAGGCUGAGAAAGAAGACCAACUUUAAUCAUACCAUCUUUUUGGGGGUUGUGGAGCAUGGGGGGGUGGUGUUAGAACUUGGAAGACCCUGGGAGGAGGGGCAAAUUUUGUUUGGGUAAUACAUACAAGGAUGGGGGUGGUUUAUUUGUAACUGCCUUUCAGCAUGGGCGUGUUUUAACUGAACCACUCACACAAUACAUUGUUAUUAUAAUACCGUAAACUGCUGCUUGUAAGCUCAUCCGCUUAUAAGCCCCCCCCGCUUAUAGGCCCACCUACAUGCAAACCAAAAAAAUACAUCGGAUUAUAAGCCCAUCCGGAUAUAAGCCCCAGUUACAGUUUUGAUUUUGUUUUGAAAUUUAACUGAAUUCGAUUUAUUGCUGCCGUUUUAUUGUAAGAGUAAUGAAUUUAAAUCAUACGUCGAUCAAUAGUGCUGUUGCUCAUUUCGAAACGUUUUUUUUCAUCCGCUUAUAAGCCCAUCCGGAUAUAAGCCCUCCCAUUUAUAAGCCCACCCAAAACCCCUUACGAACUUGUGUAAGCCCAGGGCUUAUAAGCGGCAGUUUACGGUAUUAUUACAGUCGACUCCUGAUAACUCAAACCUUCAAGGGAAAUCGAAAAAAGGUUCGAGUUAACGGGAGUUCGAGUUAUCGGGAGUUCGAAGAAAAUAGCUGAGAGUAAAGUAAAACACAGUUUUUACUGCACAGUGAACAUUUUAAUCACAUUUAAUCGUAGAAAUGUCAAGUGAAAAUUAAAAGGUACUUCUAGAUUAUAAAUCAGAACGUAACGUAACAAAACAUAGCCUAAAUAGAGCAUGUGUUUUACUGUUUUGAGAAGAAAAGCUGCUUCACGUUAGCCUGUGACAAUCAACAUCAGUCCACUAGUAAACUAUACUCCUACAACACAUCAAUACGAAAUCCAAAAUUCAAUUUUUCUUUCCCGACUUUUUAAGGGCUCAAAACAUGGUUUGAGUUAUCGAGGGUAAAGUUAUAUAGAAAAUGACCUGAGGGGAAACGAAAAUUCGUUCAAGUUAGCAGGAGUUCGAGUUAUCGAGGGUUCGAGUUACCGAGGGUAAAAUUACAGUGAAUGUAUGACGGAAAUCCAGGGGAAAUCGAUUUUGGUUCAAGUUACCGCGAGGUUCGGGUUAGCGAGGGUUCGAGUUAUCGGGAGUCAACUGUAUUAACUCAUUUUUAUUUUUUUUUCCUCUGAUCAGAAUCCAAAAUUGUAAAAUCUUCAGAGGAUACACCUAACAGUUCAGAGGGCAGUGAUCGCAACACUCACCAGAUUACCACUGGUGUCCUGUCUAGUUCAUCAAAGAAUACUGCAAGCAACACAAAGAACCAAAGAACUACAUCGAAAAGAAAGAGAAAGAAGAAAAGAAAGAGAGAAAGAAAAGAAAGGACUCUAAAAGAGUGCAUUAGUCACCCUCCAGAGCUCAAUAAAGUUCUCCCAUCCUUGGCUGAUAUUAAGGCAAUAACCAGACCUUCAAAACAUGCUGAUCUUCCUGUUGAUGUUUUGUUACUGACAGUGAAGAAUUGUGAAUUUGUAGCUUGUUUCAGUGAGCUAAAAAACCCCUAUAGAUGUUGGUUUGAUGGUCUUGGCUACGUUUACUUUUGUGAUGUGGAUGGAAGUCAAGAUAAAGUUAAAGUUGCAUUAUUUAAAUGUUACGAGAACAGUAGUUGUCCUGGUGGUUCUCUCGUCUCUGUUAAGAAUGCUGCCACUCUGCUUAGGCCUAAAGCAGUCAUAUCUGUUGGUGUAUGUAGUGGUCUUCACCCUGAGAAAUCCAAGUUAGGAGAUGUUGUUGUUUCUGCCAAAUUAACAACAUAUGCAUCCAAAGUGGUGAUCAAUAAUCAAGAACAUUCAACUGGCAUGAGAAAUUAUGUGAGCAAACGUUUCCUGAAUGUCAUUAAGAAUUGUGCUGAUGGCUGGAAAGCACCUUUGAAGAAUGUUGCUGAUGCUCAACAAGUUCAAGUUCAUACUGCUGCUGAGUUUCUGAGUGGACCAGAACAAGUCAUUUCUGGACAGCGACGUGAUCAACUUGCUGAAACCAAUCAUCAGGCAAUAGCAAUGGAAAAUGAAGGAGAAGGUAAGUUGACUGUUGUUUUUGUUUGUCCUUACAACAUAAUUUUUAUUAUACAUAAGUACGCUGUACAUAUAAGAUUAUUGCAAGUCUUUCAUGACCCUCUGGAAAAAAUAUUCCAUAUAAACAUCCCCUACCCUUUGGAAUUUUUGGCAUUUUAAUCUCCCUCCCCCUCCCCCACGGAAAUUCCAUUGAUUAUCCAUGGGAAAGUUAUGGAUAUUUUCUGGAAAGACACAUUCCAUGUAUAUGUCAUGGUUAAGUUGUACAGUUGUCGGUUUAUAUUCUGCGUAGUUUUGAUUGAUUUACUUGUAAACUGAUUUUGAUUAAAGAGAUUUGUAUGGAAAAACGCCACUCUAGCCCACCUUGCCUCAUGUUUCUUUAAGUAAACUUCUCAUAGAAUAGGAGUAUGCAUGUACCCUCAAAACUCCAUAAACAUUAAUAAUAACUUUACCUUAACUUGAUGCUUAGGUAAAUACUGUAAAAUUCCGAAAAUAAGCCCCUCCAUGUAUAAGCCCCUCCAAAUAUAAGCCCCCCCAAACCGGUAACGCAAAAAACCCUCCAUUAAAUGGCCCCUCCAAAUAUAAGCCCCCCCGGGAGCUUGUACUUGGAAAAUUGCACUCAAAUACAAAGUAAAACAAAGCAAAAACGGAGAAUUUACUUCCAACUACAAGGCUAGCCCAAUCGAUUUUGAAACGCAAAUUUCCCCCCAUAGAUAAGCCUCUCCGAAUAUAAGUCCCUCCAAAAAUGAGCCCCUCAAAGAGGGCCUUUGAAAAAUAUAAGCCCCGGGGCUUAUUUUUGGAAUUUUACGGUAGUUUAAUUCUGUUGGUAAGUUUUCAGAGGUGCACAUAAGCAAUAGCAGCUGCAUGAUGUCUCUGAGCUCCACACAAAUUUUUUUGCGCAUGUACACAGGACUGUUUUAAAACUCAUGUACUGUUUGUUUUGUUUUCCUAUAGGAGUAUUUACAGCAGCAGUUGAUUGUGGUAUUGAGUGGUUAAUUGUGAAAGGAAUAGCUGAUUAUGCAGAUGGUUCUCAGUUAGCUUCAGAGAGUUGGUCUUCCUAUGCCAGUGUGAUGGCAGCAUCUCUUGUUGCACACAUGUUGAAUGAACCCCGUGUUUUCCAUUCAUGGCCUCAUUAUCAAGGUAAUCAUGCUAUCAUAAAGUGCUGCCACAUCUUGGCAUCUGAUUUAUUGAAUCUAUUGUUGGGUUCGUUCCAUAGUACAGUAACAGAUAAGCUACAUGGUACAUGUAGCUUAUGUACUGGUGUAUGCCAUCCCAAAUUCAGCUGUCCAACACUCACCACUUGUUCAAGUUGUUUAAGUUGAGAUUCAAGUAGUAUAGUGAAUGUGAUACAUUUCUGUAAAAUAACAAGAAGCAUUAGAAGUUUGCAAUAUUUAGAAGCUAUCAUGAUAGACCGGAUUAUACCGUAAAUCCUCUAUUAAGCCCCCCUCUUCUCAAAUAACCCCCCUCCCUCUUAUAAUCCCCCGCUCCCUCCCCUAAUUAUUCUUUACUAAUUAGGAUGGAUGGUUUCAUACCAACUGGAAGUUUGGAUUUGAUUCUGAUCCUCCGUGCAUGACCUUAAACCUUCUUGUACUUGAGCUUUUCCAUUUAGUGUUGUAGCUCUCUAUGGAGAGCUGACACUAUCGUCUUUUCUAAAUUAAUUUAGCGCCCCGCCCCCACCACCACAUCUCAAAGAAGGAGGAUUUACCGUAGUGAUAUUUUGACAUUUGACAUGCAUAUUUUAGACAGUGGUGAAAAUAUUAUUAUUAUUAUUAUUAUUAUCGUUUUAUACGUCAUCAGUGAAUCCAUAAAAUAUCAAUUUUGUUAUCAAACUAAUGAGUGUUUUUUCUUCAGGACUGCAACCACAAGAGUUAAUCACCCACUAUGAUGAAACCUUAGUCGCUCCUUUCAUCGAACGUAUGAAGAAACAUGUCCGAGAUGUCACUGACAAACCUUACAGAGACCUCAAAUCACCUUUUCAUAAUCCAGGCGAAGGACCUAGAAGAGAUCUAAAACUUGACGAAAUCUUCACCAAUUUGAUUGUUUAUGAUGGGAGAGCGAAGUAUGACUUUUCAGGAGACAGAGCGAAACAGCUAAACGAGUACCACAAAGCCAGUAAAAGGUUACGACCAACACUGCCAGGAGAUAUUUUCAAUGCUAAAGAGCGGAAGAUUCUUGUUGUCGGUCGUCCUGGAAUUGGAAAAACCAUGUUUAGCACAAAGAUUCUUCGCAACUGGGCGUCCGAUAACCUUUUCAACGAAACACAAAAAUCGCAAGUCGAUUUUAAAGUUGCCUUUCUUUUUAAGCUGAGAAUGUUUAACUCUAGAAACCAAGAACUAAAUCUUCGCGAGAUUCUGGAUCACUCAGAGUAUUCAACCGCUCUUUCCGAAGAGCUCUGGAACUACAUCCGCCACAACCCAGAGCGAGUACUGUUGAUUUUUGAUGGAUUUGACGAAUAUUCUGGUAGGACUAAAAUAAAUAAAGAUGACAUUCCGUACAGAAACAGUGAAGAGGACAGGAUGCCUGUUUAUUUCCUUAUGAAGAAAAUAGUAGAGGGAAAAAUUCUUACCGGUGCGACAAUCCUAACGACUACAAGACCCAAUGCCGUGUCAUGUAUCACAAGUCUUCACUUCGACAAAACAGUUGAAAUUCUGGGAUUCUCAACUGAGCAAGUAAAUAAUUAUGUAGAGAAGUUUACAAAGGAGGCGGACAAAGCGGAAACCAUAAAGCAACACAUCACCAGUAACUUAAACCUUGUAGCCUUCUGCUACGUUCCUGUUAAUUGCUUUAUCAUUUGUAGUUGCUUGUUAGAGUUGCUUGGUAACACUGGCUUUACCAGCCUCCCGACGAGACUGACAGAAAUAUACUCAAUUGCAGUAAGGAUGUUUUACUUUAGCUACGAUGAUGAUCAAUAUCGCCACAAUAAAACUGAAGGUCAACAGUAUUUUCUUAAGCCGUUUAAGGAACUGCCUUCCUCUGUGCAAAAUGUGUUCACACGACUGGGAAAAAUUGCUUUUGACGGAAUUAAAAACGGAAGACUAAUUUUUGAAUCACACGAAGUUAACGACCUAGAGAGUAAUGGCCUGUUUCACCGUUUACCUGAUUUUAGAGACCGUCCUUUAGCAGAGGGAAGAGCGCAAUAUUGCUUUUUACACCUGACCUUACAGGAGUUCUUGGCAGCGAAGUAUUUGGUGGACACGUUGAGUUCCGAACAACUGCGGGGUUUUGUUGCCGCUCACAUCGAGGAUGGCGCGUGGAAGGUUGUGAUGCAGUUUAUGGCUGGACUGCUGGCUGAAAAAGAAGAACAAUCAACAGAUAUUUUCAGCGACCUUCUUCCCUCAGAAACUUCUACUAAAGAAGUUGAAAUCGAAAUGAAUGAAGAUUCAGAGGAACAAACUGAAACACAGACCUGGUGGCCAGCUGAGGAAGACAGGGAUUUAGUGGUGACGCUAUUCAAUUGCAUGUAUGAGAACAAUGCCUCUGAUCGAGAAGUUCAAAAGAAACUGGCGAAAAUUGGUUGUAAUGCGCUUAAUUUUAGUUCGUGUAACCUGUCACCUCUCGACUGUUUCGCAUUAGUGCAUGCACUUAAAUCUGUUGAAGGAAUUUUGGAAUUAUAUUUAGGCCGCAACAACCUUCAGUCGCUAGGAUGUAUUGAGAUUGCGAAGUUGUUACCUGGCAACCAACACAAUCAGGGUUUUUGUGAACUAAGAAGAUUAAACCUCAUGAUUAACAACAUAACUGAUGAAGCAGUUAAAGAUUUAUCUACGGCACUCACAGACACUAACUGCAACCUGAACAGCUUAGUCCUAUAUAAUAAUAACAUAACUGAUGAAGCAGUUAAACAUUUAUCUACAGCACUCACACACACUAACUGCAAGCUAAACAGCUUAAACCUCAGCUUUAACAACAUAACUGAUGAAGGGGUUAAACAUUUAUCUACAGCACUCACACACACUAACUGCAAACUAAACGGCUUAUACCUCCGGAGUAACAAGAUAACUGACGAAGGAGUAAAACAUUUAUCCACAGCACUCACACACACUAACUGCAAACUAAACAGCUUAGAUCUCAAGAAUAACAACAUAACUGAUGAAGCUGUUAAACAUUUAUCUACAGCACUCACACACACUAACUGCAAACUAAACAGCUUAAACCUCAAGAAUAACAACAUAACUGAUGAAGCUGUUAAACAUUUAUCUACAGCACUCACACACACUAACUGCAAACUAAACAGCUUAGACCUCGCGCAUAACAACACAACUGAUGAAGGAGUAAAACAUUUAUCCACAGCUUUCACACACACUAACUGCAAACUAAACAGCUUAGGCCUCAAGGAAAGCAACAUAACUGAUGAAGCUGUUAAACAUUUAUCUACAGCACUCACUCACACA